UCUCUUUUCUCUGCUCUCAGUUUCACCUGCACUCUUCGCGAACACACGCUCUCCGGAGGAACCUUUGGGACUUUCCACAGCGCCUCCGAACGGGAGUCUCGUCGUUCCUGCGGACUGUAUUUGAAGACUUUAAACGCGGUUUGUCGAGCAGACUGACUUCUCUCGGGAUGGAUUCUGCCGCUUUGCUGCUGGUGGUUUUGCUGAGCGCCAAAACAUUUCUUCAAGUGAGGAGUACAGAAAGGAUCAUGGCGUUGUAUGGAGAGACCAUCGUUAUACCUUGUUCUGGCGCAGUUGUACCUCCAGAUGAUCUAAUGUUCAUCAAGUGGAAAUACGAAAAAGACGAUGGAUUUCCUGGCGAUCUGCUGGUUAGACAAAAAGGAAAGAAAGCCACCAUUCAGGCCACAGAUGAUUACGCCCAGAGGGUCAACAUCAGUGCUGACUCCAGCCUGCUCAUCACCCAUGCCUCCCUGAAGGAUCAGAAGACCUUCACGUGCAUGGUGGUGUCAGAAACCAACCUCAUGGAGUUCCCUGUUUCUGUUGUUGUUUACAAGAGACCAGCGGGGCUUGUAGUUACAGACGUGGCCAAAGGUUUGCAGAAGGACAAGCUAACAGAGUUGGGAACAUGUGUGGUAGAAGAUGCAAUCCCUGCGGCUGAAAUAAAAUGGUCAAAGAAUGGAAAACCCAUGGUUGCUGACGGGAAAGCUGUUGUCAUCACCCCGAGCAUGAAGGUGGAGCCAGCCUCUGGCAUGACCACCACCUUCUCCACCCUCCAGUACGUCGCCACCAAGGAGGACAUCGGCGCCACCUUUGCCUGCAUGUACUCACAUCAGCUGGCCAAUGACAGCCUUGUACUGAAGACCCUCCCGAUUCACUAUCCAUCAGAGAAGAUUAGCCUCCAGAUUCUGUCCAAGCUGCCCAUCGUUGAAGGAGACAAUGUGACCCUGAAGUGUCAUGCUGAUGGCAACCCUCCUCCCAACUCCUUCUUCUUCCACAUCAAGGAGCAAAAAAUUCUGGUGGAAAAUUCGGACACCUACACUUUGCCUGCCAUCGGCAGAGAGAGUACGGGUGAUUACAAAUGCUCCCUGACUGACAAUGAGAAAAUGGAGGCUUCCCAAGCAUCGUUGUUAGUUGUGAAUGUAGUGAUGAACUACUUGGAUCUGAUGCUGAGUCCCACUGGAAAGGUUGUGAAGAGAGUUGGGGACACCCUCCCUGUGUCGGUGCAGAAACAUGCCUCGGGAGAUGCUAAGGUGUCAUGGACAAAGGAUGACAAGGUGGUGAAGGCGCCAAAGUUCAACCAGCUGACAUUCGGCGAUGCAGGGGUCUAUCUGUGUGAAGUCUCUGUGAACGGACUCGUGCGGCAUCAGAGCUUUGAGCUGGUGGUAGAAGGGAGGCCAGUGAUCACCAGUCUGACCAAACACCGCUCAGACGAUGGCAACAACAAAGUUCUGACGUGUGAGGCUGAGGGAGUACCUGAACCCAUCUUCCAGUGGAGCAUCAAUGGCACCAAUGAGAAGGGCUCCUACAGCAACGGCAAAGCUACUCAUAAAAUCACAGUGAUCCCCAGCGCCAACCUGACUGUCACCUGCGCUGUCCGUAACAGUCUGGGGGUCGACUUUAUGACCAUCAACGUUUCCUCUGUUUUUAAAGAGGAUACAGAUGAUAGAGAAUCUCAGGAGGAUUCUGAAGACCAGGCUAAGCUCAUUGUUGGAAUCGUGGCAGGACUGCUCAUAAUUGCUGCUGUGAUUGGACUCAUCUACUGGCUCUACAUGAAGAACUCAAGACAAGGAAGCUGGAAAACCAAUGAGAAAGAGAUGGGAACAUCCGAGGAGAGCAAGAAGCUGGAGGAGAACCAUCACCCCGUUUAAAGACAGUCCGGCUGUCCUCCGGCCUGGGAUCAGAGAACAGUUGGAAGCAGCAUUGUAAGAUCAAAAUAAAGACUCUCAGUCGGCUGCUGACACUCCAUCAGGCUCCACACAAGCAGCAACAGUGUGAGUCAUUUCUUUGUCCCACCUGCAGCCCUACGUUAGCCCACCAUUCCACCUCACCGUUGGAUGUCUGCACUGAGGCCGACUCACGUUCGUGUGUCAUUUUUGUGUUCCUGGUGAAUGCUCCCUGUAUUGCUUUAAUUUUUAUUUUCAUGUUUCUUUAAAUAUUUGAAUGAUUCCAUGGUGGAUUUUCACUGAUCAUUUUUUUUCCUUCAGGAUUUUCGUUGAAUUCCUUCAUAGAAUGUAAAUUCCUUGUAAACUUUUUAAGGCUUGCAUAACAAAUCAUUAUUAUGCGUGUGCCCUGGCUGAGCAUGCCAAUUUGAAAUUUUUGUUUUAGUUUUUGUUUUUGUGCUGUGUGUAUGUGGAAAAGCCUUCGUUUGAGUGUGCUCAGACAAAAAAAAAAAAAAGACUUCACUGCUGUAUAAGUCCAAUGAAGCGAACAUUUCCACGCUUUAGUGACGAUUAUCGACGCUGUUAAACUUAUAACCUUCUCUUAUUUUUGAACACUGGCAAUUUGUCUGAAUAUGUAGUUAAACGAUUCCCGCAAAUUUAAAUUCUACUUGUAGUCGUAAUGUUAACUCACAAACUGGAUGUGCUGUGAAUGGUUUAUGUAUGUGCAGUUUAUUUUAACUGUGAUUACCCCCCCCCGCCCAAAAAAAAAACUGUGGAGAUGGUUAAAAGUCAGUAAAAGAUGCACCCACAUCCUAAUUCUAUUUUAUUUUUAUUUUUUUGUAAAUUAGUUAUUUUGUCCACUUCAGCCUCUCACAUUUUUAGUAUCUACUCAAAAUUAUUACUAAUUUUGUGUGAAAAAGUGGAAAAGAAGUCAUGAUUAAAAAAAAUGUUAAUUGGAAAGAAAUGGUUAACAUUGGCAAAAUGUUGACACUAAGAAUGUUGUUGCACGUUUGGCUCAUAAUUUUGACACUACAGUGUUGUCGAAUCCGCGGAUAUCGUAGCGUAGCUGCUUCUUUGGCCUCAUUCAGACACUACAACAGCGUCAACAUAUUGUGAAGGUAAACUUGUAAGCUAACGUAACAGUGAAAAGCUAUUUUGUGUAUUAAAAGUGUGUUGAUUCAACAUACGAUGUUGGAUUAGUUGUAUUAAAGUAUUUUCUUCACACGUCUAUUUUAGUAGAAAAUUGGGAAUACACAAAUUUGUAGAAAACAGGUUGGCAGCUGUCUACAGAAUGACAGUAACAAGGUAAUAGUGCCUGUGGGCAUGAAGACUGUAAGGGCUACAGCAAUCUGACAUUUUACCCCAACUAUUGGACCUUUACCCAAGUAAUUGAUGUUGCCAGUGCAGUUCUGGAAUCCACCUGAGUGUAUCCUACAUUUGGUCUAAAUCAGGUUGAAGGUCCAUCCAUCCAUCCACUCAUUUUCUAUACCCACUUACUCCAGUUAAGGGUCACCAGGGGCUGGAGCCUAUCCCAGUAGUCAUGGGGCGUGCGGUAGGGAGGUACCAAAAUUAAUUUUUUCAAUGGCAGUUUUGUGGUCAACAUUCAUUGACAUGUCAAGUUGGGUAGAAAUCAGCAAAAUGACCUGUGAAGGGCAGCCCAAACAAACGAACAGACAGGCAGACAUGUCUUUGACCCAAAUGAUAGACCUUUGGCAAAUUUGACCUUGCUGGGCAAUUUUGGAACACACCUCCACAUGUGUGCCAUGUUUGGUGGACAUCAGAGUGAAAAUGAUAAACUUUGACCUUUCAGCUCAAUGACCUUGGUCCCUAUGAUUGACCUUUGGUAAAUUUGAUAUCAUGUGGGCAGUUCCAGAACCCACCUGCAUAUGUGUGCCACCUUUGUUGGACAUCAGAGUGAAAAUCAAAAUGUUGACCUUUAAAUCCAGUGACCUUGACCUUUGUCAACACAAACCCUUUGAAGACAAUUCUGAGGUUGACUGUCGUCCACAUAUCAAGUUUGGUGCAAAUCUGCCAAGGAGCAGGGUGAAGUCAGGGAACAAACAAACAAACAUUGCUCCAUUACAGUCUGAUUUAGAAAUAUUUGUUUACCUUCACAAUAUGGUGGACGUUUGUCACCAGUGACCUGUAUAGAGUCCAUGUUGUCUAAGGUAUCAUCUCUUUGGCUUGAUGAUGGUUUCAGAGUAGAUUUCAUAUUUUCUUCAUUAUGUGUGAGUUUUAAUGAUGCCUGGUUUGAAUGGUUUUUUUUGUUGUUGUUGUUUUGUUUUUUAUGUAUUUAUAUUCUGUCAGAGAAUGACUUGGAUGGAUGUGCAGCAGCAUGCAAGGUGUUUUUAAUAGUCGGUGAAAGGCAUCGUCAAAUGUCAUAAAGGUACAGCACGGCAGAUGACUAACCCGAGAGUAUCUGUGCACAUUCUGUUGUUGUGGCGCUUUAUUUUUAGUUCAGUGGACUGAAGGAUAAUCCGUGUUGAGAGGGGCUCAUUAGAUGAGGUGCAUAAAGAUGACGUGUCUCUCGAUGCCUUUUGACCCACAAUGCAACACUCCAGGGACCCAAAAAAGGCAAAUCAUGAGUAAAGUUUUUGAUAAAUAUGACAAAAUAUUAGGGUCACUGUUUUGUCUUUAUUUUAACAAAUAUGGAUAAAUGAAUAUCUAAGAUUUCAAAAUUUGAGUCAAAAAGUUAAGGGAAUUUAAGGUGAACACUGGGAUAUUCUUUAAAAACCCGGGCACUAAUUUUAGAUAUUUUUGGUUAUGAACUUUUCACUCCUGACAAAACUGAUGACAAAUGGUCUGCUCCCAUAUUGAUUGUAUUGAUUCAGAACACUAAUGCCGUCACGGGCCUCUGGUGCAAACUAAAACCCUCACAACACCUAGUAGCCAGUGAAUAGGUGACAAGACCUCAGUGAAUACAAAAAAACCUUUUCUUUUCUUGGUGCCCCAGUGAGGAGCUCGUUCUUCUGCUUACAGAAGCUUUGACAUUCAACUUGUAAUGACUUAAUGGGGGGGGGGGGUGUCACAAAACAGAACAAAGGCUAAGGUAAGUUGUAGUCAUAGAAAGAGUUUAUUUUCAGGUUUUUAGCUUUUGACCCGCAUCUGUUUUUUGUCCCGAGUCAAAAUUUAUCUCAAAACCAUCUAAAAAUAGGGCUUAGUUUGAGAAGUCUCUGUCCCUUGACUAUAACAUGUAAGAUAAUACUUAAGAUUAAAAAAAAUCUUAAUGUUUGGAAUUACCUAAUUUUUUACAAAGUAUAUCAUGUUAGUGUUUGUUAGCAUUCAAGUUAACAAAUUCAAAUGUUGCCAUAGUAAAUGCCCAACAGCAUGUUCAUAAACUGCUUUUGAUCUUAAACACAUUAAGAAAUGGCAACUCAAAAUUGAGGGGAAAAAAUGUCUUUAGUAAAUUUUAAGCAAUUCUACUAGAAAAUGAACAAAUACUAUGGACGUAUUACCUCCUUUGUGUGGGUAAAUAAGAGAUUCAAGUUGAGUUUGGAACAAUUUUUUUGUUAGAACAGUAAAGCUAUUUUACAAUAAAAAAAAAUGUAAUGUGAAAGAUAAUUGUAAUGGUUAUUGAUUCUUCAGGAGUUCACUUUCAGCAACACCAGCUGUAAUAAAACAAGACCAGUUAAAUCUCUGAUUAUUCUUCCCACAUUACAGAAGAGAAAAAGUACUCUCAAGAAUAAAAUGAAAUAAUCAAUUUCUUGCACAAAUAGUAUUUCAACAUAUAGAAAUAAAAAUCUCCAUAGUCUGAUUCAGCGCAGAAUGAAAGUGUUCUUGUUUGAUUUACUUUAACUCAAAAUUCUUUGACUUCAGUCUUGUAACUUAUUUUACAUUUUAAAAUUGCAGCUAAAUUCUUCGAUGAGAUCAACUUUUUAAAAUUACAGUAUGACAUUUCCAAAGCCAAUUUGGUUUAUGUUAUAUAAAUCAUAAAAACAUUACAAAUUGUUAAUACUGAACAAUUUGUUGUGAAAUUACUACUUAAUUCAAAAAAGUUGGGGAUCUCAAAAUAUGUCAAUUUUAGCCUCAAAAGUGGUGGCCCUGAUAUUCCUUCAUAGAAAUACAUUUGUGUAAUUUAGUUUACAAGUCAAUUACGUAGUCACAAUACCUUGAAUUUUUACCCCAGGACUGGGAUUUUUUUUUUUUUUUUUUUAUCAUUAUUAUUAUUAUUAUUAUUAUUAUUUCUCAUCAAGUUUCUGAAGUGUUUUUGCAAAAAGUGUUGGUUAAUUGCAAAUCAAUGUGAAAAAAAAGGCGUGCAGGAGGUCAACAUGAACAUUUCAGUUGUAGUGAAGAGAUAAUGUCCGUUGCUCUGUUACUUUAAUCACUAUUCAUGUGGAGAACUGAUCCACAUGUUCCCAAGUGACUGUGAUGAUUAGGUUUAGGCUGAGCUUCUAGUGUGGGAUUGCUUUAAAACAUGCAAAAUGUAUUCGGUCAACAUUUUUAAGCACCUCGUCCAUUGUGUUCUUAUGUUUUGUUCUUUUGUUUCAAAUAAUCAGGUCAGCAGUGAAACCAAAGAGGGUAAGAUGAGAAGGCUAUAGUCAUGUUGUAAAUACAAGCUUUUGUUUUUGUACUGUUGUUGAAAAUAAAGUGUACAUUUUGAAAAAAGUCA